CAAAAAGCCUGACGUGCUCGCCGCCCCGGCUCCGAACCCAAAACUUCCCAGCCCAACGCUCAGACGUGCUGGUUGCCUGACCACAGCCUGUCGUUCACCACAGGACGCUGCUCGCCCACCUGCCCAAUCCCACCAGCUUCAGAACCGUGCAAGCUCCCAGCCAUGAGCACCAACGACGACCGCCUCGUCCAGUCGGGCGACCCCGAACACCCCGCAAACCUCAUCCCCUCCCUCUGUGCCAAGUUCUGGACGCUGGGCUGGGUCACGGGCACCGGGGGUGGAGCAUCGAUCCGCGACGAUGAGCAUGUCUACAUCGCGCCCUCGGGCGUCCAGAAGGAGCUGAUGAAGGCGGAGGACCUGUACGUGCUGUCCCUGCCCGAGACGCUGAAACGGCACAAUGGCGACGGGCCGAUCCGGCCCUCGUCGCGCGUCUACGUGCGCUCGCCCUCCCGCUUCAAGCCCUCGCAGUGCACGCCGCUGUUCCUGUCCGCCUUCACGCGGCGGGGCGCCCGCUGCUGCAUCCACACACACUCGGCCCACGCCGUGCUGGUCACCCUCAUCCUCGAGCAGGCCGGCGAGAGCGAGUUCCGCAUCAACAACAUCGAGCAGAUCAAGGGCUUCGCGCGGGGCUACCCCCACGCCGAGCUCGGCAACCUGGGCUACCACGACACCCUCCGCAUCCCUGUCAUCGAGAACACGGCCCACGAGGAGGACCUGACUGAGUUCCUGGAGGAGGCCAUGGACAACUACCCGGACGCGUAUGCCGUGCUGGUCAGGAGGCAUGGGGUCUACGUCUGGGGCAACAGCGUGGAGCAGGCCAAGGGGCAGUGUGAGAGCUUGGAUUACCUGUUCCAGAUUGCCGUUGAGAUGAAGAAGCUGGGCAUACCGUGGGAAUCGGACAUCAAGCCGACCGUGCCCAAGAACUCUCUCAGAGGGCAGUGAGUCAAGCGGCUGACCAAGAGGCGGCGGGGGUCACGAACACGCACAAAAUCACAAGGCGGCGGCAAACGACAUCAAAUCCAGGAGCAAGCGAGCUCAGUAG